GUGUCGUUUCAUGCCUUUCAUGAUGAUGACUCACUCAACUAAGCGUAACAUUGCAUACUCCGUGAAUAUACUUAUAUUAUUACUUUGUCUUCACACUUCUUCACCACACUAAACCUUUUCUCUUCAACCUUUGUUCUUCUUCAUUUCUUCGAUCUAAAUCCAAUGGCCAAAGACCCAGUUCGUGUUCUUGUCACUGGUGCUGCAGGACAAAUUGGGUAUGCUCUUGUCCCCAUGAUUGCUAGAGGAGUGAUGCUGGGUGCUGACCAGCCUGUGAUCCUCCACCUGCUUGAUAUUCAACCUGCAGCCGAAUCACUGAACGGUGUUAAAAUGGAGUUGGUGGAUGCUGCAUUUCCUCUUCUUAAAGGAGUUGUUGCGACAACUGAUGUGGUUGAGGCAUGCACUGGGGUCAAUAUUGCCGUUAUGGUUGGUGGGUUCCCUAGAAAAGAAGGUAUGGAGAGGAAAGAUGUGAUGUCAAAAAAUGUCUCUAUUUACAAGUCCCAGGCUUCUGCCCUUGAAAAACAUGCUGCUGCAAAUUUGAAGGUUCUUGUUGUUGCCAACCCAGCAAACACCAAUGCAUUGAUCUUGAAGGAAUAUGCUCCAUCCAUUCCUGAGAAAAACAUUUCUGCUUUGACUAGAUUGGACCAUAACAGGGCACUCGGUCAAAUUUCAGAAAGACUGAACGUUGAAGUUUCUGAUGUGAAAAAUGUUAUAAUCUGGGGAAAUCAUUCAUCAACUCAGUACCCUGAUGUCAACCAUGCAACCGUUAAAACCUCUUCUGCGGAAAAGCCUGUCCGUGAACUCGUAGCUGAUGAUGCCUGGUUGAAUGGGGAAUUCAUAACUACCGUCCAACAACGAGGUGCUGCAAUCAUUAAAGCUAGAAAGCUUUCAAGUGCACUAUCUGCCGCUAGUGCUGCUUGUGACCACAUUAGAGAUUGGGUUCUUGGAACUCCUGAGGGAACUUGGGUGUCGAUGGGAGUUUAUUCUGAUGGAUCUUACAAUGUACCAGCUGGACUGAUCUAUUCAUUCCCUGUCACAACUCGCAAUGGCGAAUGGCAAAUAGUUCAAGGACUUUCAAUUGAUGAGUUUUCAAGGAAAAAAUUGGACUUGACAGCAGAAGAGCUUUCUGAGGAGAAGGCUUUGGCUUACUCAUGCCUCUCUUAGACUGCUUGUUUCCUUAUGCAGUGUCAAUGGAGGUUCCAUUGUUUGUCAAUUCUCAAUUUUGAAUAAUGUUGCUCUAAGAUAUUGAGAAACUAUUGAUGGAUGGUUUUGCCUUUUAUGCAAAUCAUCACUUGUAUUGUAAUUUCUAUCUCUAGUCAUUUUAUUAGGAUGUUUGAGCAUAUGUCAUUUGAGUCAGAAUUCAUGACAUCAUUUGUUAAGUUUUUCUUAUGGAUAAAGAUUAUAAAAUCUCAUUCACUUGAGGUGUCAA